CACUUACUGAAAGUCCUGUAUAAAAUGAUUGCAGAGGAAGAAUAUGAACCCCAAGUGGAAGCCCACCUCAAUUUCACAAAUCAUUUGUAACUUACCCUGGAAGUUCAGCCAAGCCGCAGCGGGGAAGAGGGGUCAAAAAAUGGAUGGCCUUUGUAACCAUGAUUCUUCAUUUUACAAGUUCUACUCCUAUUUGCCAGAUCUCUCCAUCUUUCUCUCCCCCUGUCAACCCCACUGAAUGGGUCGAAUGUGCAGUUCAAUUUUUUGUCUUCAUUUUUUCAGUUUACUGCAUCCUUGCUUUUGCCACUGAACUAAUUGUCCUUCUUAUUCUGUGGCUGUCUCCCCUAGAUAAACUAGUCUACGGGUUUGUAGAACAAGGGGGAGGUGUAGAGGGAGGAAAAGGAAGGUGGAAAAUGUCUAGUUAUGCCUUCUUGAAUGACCAGCUCUCCAAGCGGACCUCCAUUUUCGGUUUGCGCUUGUGGGUCGUUUUGGGAAUUGGCGUUGGUGCCGCCAUUGUUAUUGUUCUGUUCCUCAUUUCGCUAUGGUUCAUCUCCAGGCGCAACAGUUCCAAUAAAUCUAAGUCCUCUCUAAACCCCACUAUCCCGAAUGUGUCCAAGGAAAUCCAGGAAAUACGAAUCGACCAUUCUCGGAAUCCAGCUCAUUCUGAUCCUCCUAAAGUUCAAGUGGCUUCGAACCCUGAGCCCUUGCCGGAGGCAGAGCCUUUAGCGACGCUGCUUCAGACGGAAGAAGGGAGCACACCUAGUGGACGCCAUAGAAUUCACAUUGAAAUUGGGAAGGACCACCGGAUUUCUUAUCCGGAGAGAGUCGGCGGUUCAUCCCACGGUAGCGGAGAGGUUCGGUCCGGUGACCAGGCGCCGGUGGUUGUGCCGGAGGUUUCCCAUUUGGGUUGGGGACAUUGGUACACUCUCAGAGAGCUCGAGUAUUCUACUGCUGGUUUUUCGGAUGAAAAUGUAAUCGGUGAGGGCGGAUAUGGUAUUGUGUACCGUGGUGUUCUGGAGGACAACACUGUGGUUGCUAUAAAAAAUUUGCUCAAUAACAGGGGACAGGCCGAGAGAGAGUUUAAGGUUGAAGUUGAAGCAAUUGGACGCGUACGGCACAAGAAUCUGGUGCGUUUGCUCGGCUAUUGUGCAGAAGGAGCUCACAGGAUGCUUGUUUAUGAGUACGUCGAUAAUGGAAACUUGGAACAGUGGCUUCAUGGAGAAGUUGGGCCUUGUAGUCCUCUCACAUGGGACAUUCGAAUGAAUAUAAUUGUUGGAACAGCGAAAGGGUUAACAUACCUCCAUGAGGGGCUUGAGCCUAAGGUUGUUCACCGUGAUAUCAAGUCAAGUAACAUUUUGCUUGAUAAGCAGUGGAAUACAAAGGUCUCUGACUUUGGCCUAGCAAAGCUUCUAGGCUCAGAGAGGAGUUAUGUAACGACUCGUGUGAUGGGAACUUUCGGAUAUGUAGCUCCAGAAUAUGCGAGUACUGGCAUGUUAAAUGAAAAAAGUGAUGUAUAUAGUUUUGGCAUCCUCAUUAUGGAGAUAAUUACAGGGAGAAAUCCAGUAGAUUAUAGCCGCCCUUCAGGAGAGGUCAACCUAGUUGAGUGGCUUAAAACAAUGGUUAGUAAUCGAAACGCAGAGGGAGUUCUGGAUCCCAAGUUGCCUGAGAAGCCUUCAACAAGGGCACUGAAGCGUGCUCUGCUAGUAGCUUUACGAUGUGUGGAUCCUAAUGUUCAGAAGAGGCCUAAAAUGGGGCAUGUCAUUCAUAUGCUUGAAGCUGACGAGUUUCCUUUCCGAGAUGAUCGUAGGGUGGGACGGGAAGGGGGACGAUCAGUACUGAAGGAAAGGCUGAUGGAAAGGCUUGUGAGUGAAUCCGGAGAGAGCAGCGGAUAUGAAAGUGGAGCAACACAAGCAAGCCGUCAUCUAUGGAGAAAGCAAGAACUGGAAGAACAACAGCAACCUCGCGAACCUCGCACUUUAAGGUGAUGCUGAACUUGUGUGUGUGCCUAACUCACAAUGUUACAAUCAGGCUACACUCUAAAAUUUAAGGAAUCCCAGCAUUUUGUUCCUCAAAUUGCUGGGAAGAAGAAGCUUCCUAUAAAUUGUUUCCACUGCAGUGUCUUCCCAUUGUUGUAUUGUACCAAACAAUCUGUAUAAUGUUCUGAAUCAAUCUUUGUCUUGGGUUUUGGGUUU